GGGGCGCGGCGCGGCGCGGAGCCAUGGCGUCGGGUGGCUAUAACCCAUAUAUAGAGAUAAUUGAGCAACCCAGGCAGAGAGGAAUGCGCUUUAGAUACAAAUGUGAAGGGCGAUCAGCAGGCAGCAUUCCUGGGGAGCACAGCACAGAAAACAACCGAACAUACCCGUCCAUCCAGAUUAUGAACUAUUAUGGAAAAGGAAAAGUGAGAAUUACAUUAGUAACAAAGAAUGACCCAUAUAAACCUCAUCCUCAUGAUUUAGUUGGAAAAGACUGCAGAGAUGGCUACUAUGAAGCAGAAUUUGGACAGGAGCGCAGACCUUUAUUUUUUCAAAAUUUGGGUAUUCGAUGUGUAAAGAAAAAAGAAGUAAAAGAAGCUAUUAUUUCAAGAAUAAAUCUAGGAAUUAAUCCUUUCAAUGUCCCAGAACAGCAGCUGCUGGACAUUGAAGACUGUGACCUGAAUGUGGUGAGGCUAUGUUUUCAAGUUUUCCUUCCUGAUGAACAUGGUCACUUGACAACUGCUCUUCCUCCAAUUGUGUCUAACCCAAUUUAUGACAACCGUGCUCCAAAUACUGCAGAAUUAAGAAUUUGUCGUGUAAACAAGAACUGUGGAAGUGUCAGUGGAGGAGAUGAAAUAUUUCUACUUUGCGACAAAGUUCAGAAAGAUGACAUAGAAGUUCGUUUUGUGUUGAAUGAUUGGGAAGCGAAAGGUAUCUUCUCACAAGCUGAUGUUCACCGUCAAGUAGCCAUAGUUUUCAAGACUCCCCCAUAUUGCAAAGCUAUAUCAGAACCAGUGACAGUCAAAAUGCAGCUGCGAAGACCUUCUGACCAGGAAGUCAGUGAAUCUAUGGAUUUUAGGUACCUGCCAGAUGAAAAAGAUGCGUAUGGCAAUAAAUUAAAGAAACAAAAAACAACUCAAUUUUUCCAGAAAAUGCUGCAGGAUUGUAUUAACUUUCCUGAGAGACCAAGACCUGGUCCCUUAGGGUCAACUGGAGAAGGAAGAUUCAUCAAAAAAGAAUCAAACUUGUUUACUCAUGGUGCAGUUUUGCCAGAAAUGCCAAGGCCUUCAGGAAUGUCAAGUCAAGCAGAAUCCUAUUAUUCUUCACCUGUGUCCAUCUCAAGUGGAUUGCCAUAUCACACUUCAGUGCCUCAGUCUUCGGGCUGGUCAUCAGUAACCCACUCUGCCACACGCUCAUUCAGUACAAAUCCACUGAGUAGUUUUUCAGCAGGGACCCUUUGCUCUAAUUCACAAGGUAUGCCAUCAUUCUUGGAAGUGCCUGGUGUGAAUGAUUUAAGUGCUUCUAACAAUUGCAUGUACAAUACUAUUGAUGGCAUAGCUAGAAUGGAAACAUCCAUGUCACCAUCUGACUUAUAUGGUAUUCCUAAUGGCAGCAUGCUGCCAGACUGCCAUGUGAACACGAUGACAGCCCACCGAGAUACCGAGACUGGCAAUCCAAGACUCAUGAGCAUCAACCUUGAAAACUCCUGUAACUCAAGCUUAGCCCCCAGAGACCUCAGACAGCUGCAUCAGAUGUCUUCUUCCAGCAUGUCAGCAGGCACUACUUCCAAUGCUGUUUUUGUCUCACAGUCAGAUGGAUUUGAGCGAUCCAGCUUCAAUUGUGCAGAUAACAACCUGAUAAAUGAGCCUGGAUCAUCAAAUGAUACUAAUACAAAUAAUCAUAAUUUUGUUCAAAGUAGUCAGUAUUCAAGUAUUGGUAUUAUACAAAGUGAGCAGUUGAAUGACUCAUUUGCAUGUGAUUUUUUUUCAGUGUAACUUGCAAAAUUAUAGACAUUUCGUACUUGUAUAGAUACAGAAUUUUGUGUUUAGCUAACUAAGAAUAUAAUAAGAUUUUUUUUGAGAUAUAAGAGUCAAAAACUUUUCAGAGAGGUGUAAAAUUUUGGGCAUAUAAAAUACAAAACUUGGAAAAUUCAGAAAUAGAAUUUUUAGAAGGCUGUAUUGUUUCUUUUUUUUUGAAAUAUAUGGCCUGAUACUAUGUGUGGUAUGGACUCUGCCUUCCAGAGUUCUAUCAAAUUUCCCCAGAACAGAUACUGAGCUUCCCAUUAUACUUUUUAAUAUUUCUGUUGUAUUAAUGUAUUCUUAGUUAAGCAAAUUAACUGAUAUUUGCUUUCAAGCAAAUUUGAGGUAAACCUUGUAAUGGCUAUGUCAUUGAAAUAAUUAAUUCCUUAUUAUUUUUGAGGCCUAUAGGUCAAGGUGGCCCCUAAGGGGUUUUCUGAGGCUUCUUUGAGUUUCUUAGAUUUGUAUGUUAUCAAAACUUGGAAAUGUUAAUUUGGACUGAAGAUAGUUGAAGUAAGCUUUCAAAGUCUAUAAGGUUUCUUUAUUUUAUACCAUUUAAAUCAGUGGCUUUAAAGUUGCUUGUGAUUUUAGCUUGAUACACAUACUUUCAAGAAGAGAAAGAAGCUUCCUUGAACCCUUUUCUUUCUUAGAUGUUGUCACUCCCUUUGAGCUCAUAAAAUUACCUACUUGACAUUGCUAUAAGAAAUUUAGCCAGAAUUGAUAGCCUAUUCCUGUAAUCCCAGGUACUUGGGAGACUGAGACAGGAAGAGUGCAAGACCUAACUGGACUAUAGAGUUUGUUCAACACCAGCUUGGAUAACUUAUCAAGACCCUGUAGUUCCCUCCAUCCCGCUUCAGUUUUUACUAGAAUCUAAAUGCUUUGCAUUCUUUGUGUCCCUUUUAUCUUUUAAAUAUUAAGUCUUCACUGUCCCAGUGCCUAAAGUCUUCCUUUCCACUAAGGUCCAGUAGAUCUGAAUCUUCAUUCAGAACCUCUGUGACUCUGUCUUAAAAUAAAAAUUAAAAAAGGGCUUGGGAUAUUGCUUAGUGGUAGAGUGCUUGCUUAGCAUAUGCAAGGCCCUGAAUUCAAACCCCCAGUAGAGGAAAAAAAAAAAGUGAAAAAUCAUCAUGUCCAAACCUGAAUUUUGAUCAUCUUUCCCAAACUUGCUGCUUCUGUCUUCACCAACUUAGUAAAUGGCAAUGCCAUGCUUAUAAUUUCUCUAGCAAAACCCUUGGGUUUCAUGGUUAACGCUUUUGUUUCCCACAUGUGAUCCAUCAGCAAGUCAAAAGGCCCUGAUACAAUGUAUCCAGGGUAUCUCCCAAGCUGACCACCACUUUUACUAACAUCCUAUUCCAAGCCACUCUUGUCUGUACCAGGAUUGGACCACCAAAUACUCUCUUUACAGCUUUGCACCUUUGUACCUUUGUAAUUUGUUCCUUAUAAAAAGCCAGAGUAAGCUGGUUAUGGUGGUGCAUACCUUUAAUCCCAGCACUCAGGAGGCAGAGGCAGGAGGAUCGCCGUGAGUUCAAGGCCACCCUGAGACUACAUAGUGAAUUCCAGGUCAGCCUAAGCUAGAGUGAGACCCUACUUCAAAAAACCAAAAAAUAAAUAAAUAAACAAAGUCAUAGUAAUUAUGUCAUAAGCCAUUUAAAUCCUCGUCAUUUGCUCCAAACUACCCUGUGAUUCCCCAUGUCACUCACAGUAAAUGUCAUAGUCCUUAACAUGAGCAGGCCUACGCUCCCUGUGCUACCUCACAUACUGCCAUUUCCCUCUUCCCCAGACCUACGCACUCUGGCUUCUGUGCUCCUAUCCAGAGCACCAAGUAUUCUGCCUCAGAGUACUUGUACUUGGAAUUUCCUGUGACUUAAAUGCUUUAGUGCACUCUAACAUCUUUCAAGUCUUACUCAGCUACUGACACUUCCUGUCCCUCUCCUUUUACUUACCAAGAUCUGAUUUUACCAAACAUCCGUUUCUUUGCUUCCCUUUCUUUAGUUAGUUCCCUGGGAGCAGAAGUUUAUGUUGUUACUGUUGAAGUCUCCAGUUUGUAGAACAGUGGCAAUCAUAUUAAACACUCAGUAAAUACACAUUCCAAGUAUUACUAACAUAACUUUUAUUUUUGAAAGAAUAGCUUUAGCCAUCUCAGCCCAUGGGGAGGCUAAGGUAGGAGGAUCACUGUGAGUUCUAAACCAGCAUGGAGCUAUAAUCUUAAUUGUAAUAGAAUUAUGAUGCUAAAUAACUAAUGUAUCAAAGACCUAAUUUAUCUUCCAACUAGAACCUACUCCAGUAUUGAAAUAUUCCUACCUAGAAGUACUGUCAAUUCACUUAAAGUUUAACCAUAAAUUCAUAGUCAUUGGAAAUCAAAUGGGCUAUGUCUGAAUGCCAUGUAUAUAAAAAUUGCUAAUUGAAUGAUAAUAGAAAUUAGAAACAAGAUAAGACUUGAGGCCAGGCUAGUCCAGGAAGUCAAAGAAAAUCUCAUUGAACACUUUUAACUCAGUAGUAUUAAUAGUUUCAAAAUUGUGAUUUGAAAAGGACGUAUUGGUCCAGGUAUGGUGGUACAUGACUAUAAUACCAAUACUCAGAAAAAGGUAGAGGCAUGAAGAUCAUGAGUUUGAGGCAAGCCUAAGCUACAUAUCAAGACCCUGUCUCAAAAUAGAUGUUACCACAUAAAAUGUUAAAAUCAUAAUCAUAUAGUACACUUCGAGUGGAAUUCAGCAAGGAAAAAGAGAACUGUGAAGGUACAAUUUUUUAUUCUGCAUAUGAACCCAGAGUGGUAUUUAGUAUGUGGUGAGAUUUUUUUUUAAAUUAUAGAAUUUUAGUAAUUUUGUAUCAGUGAGCAUUGAUGAAUUUAAAUAUGACAUAGUAGCUCAAUGGCCUUUAACUAAGAAGGCAUUCAUUUGUUUUGCCAUUUUUCCUCUGUAAGUUGAAUUAAAUUCCAUAACAUUUGUGUUUAGAGUAUUUUCAAUGGGAUUUUCAUUUUCAUUACUUACUGAUCACAGAAUUUAUUUUUUAAUUUACACUAGCUACUCAGGUCCCCUCUCUCCCUCAUAUUUUAACCUUAGAAGAAAUGGGGUUCUUCCUCUGUAAGCUCCACUCAUUGGUCACUGAAGCUCUCCUCCUGUACUCCCUAUACCCUCAAGCCCCUACUAGUUCUUCCGAAUGCAAACAUGUUAAAUAUCUUCUUGAACAUAAAAGGAAAGACCGAAAAUCCCCUAAAGUGACAAAAACCUGCCACCCUUUCCCUGUGCAUCCUCACUUCUGUAGUGCCACAGUCUGCACUUCCUCACUUCUCAUGCCCACCUUAGCCUAUCCAUCUCUGGUUUUAGCUAGCAUCUUUGCACCAUGCACAGAUGACCGGAGACCAUGCCCUUUCCAUCCAGUGCCUUUUUUUUUUUUUUUAAAUCAGCUGUCGUCUGACUUGUUUGCCCUGUCCACAGUCAUUGUUUUCUUCGUGUUGCUGGAGAAGAUUCCACUGUGAGACCCUGAGCCUCAUCCUCAGCGGGUGCUGUUUCACUGUGUGUCCACAGCUUCAGUUUUCACACUGCCUUGAAUGCUCUUUAAACUAGCUUCUCCUCUGGCUUUCUUUACUUUCCUUGAUGGCAUUACCAUUUACACUGCCACCCA